UCCCCGAGUAGCCAACUCCCUGCAGUGAUACCACUACACUCAGAAGUCUGUUGUGGGGGCCUGGGGGGGGGGGGAGGGUGAAAUCUGCUACUGUCUGACAGUACGGGAUGCUACGUGGCUGGUUCACACAUACAUCUGCAUCCAGUGACUUCAUCAUUCUUGGCAACUGGCAGCUGAAGGUAUGAGCGCAUCCUGUUGAAGCACCGAAUCUGAGAUGAUGGGUUGUAGCUGAGGAACGAGCAGGAUGCCCCCGGGCAUUUACUGCCCCCUUGAAUUUUGGUCCCAGGAAGCACACCAGAGCAUUGAAGUGGAUUUCCUUUUGCCCACCGGAAUCUACCUGAGACUCUCUGUUUCCUGCAAAGCAAGUCUCGGCAGUAUCAAACAGGUGGUCUGGCACCAUGCCCAGUACGAGCCCCUCUUCCAGAUGCUCAGUAGCCCGGAGGCCUAUGUCUUCACCUGCAUCAACCAGACGGCGGAACAGCAGGAGCUGGAAGAUGAGCAGCGCCGCCUCUGUGACGUCCAGCCGUUCCUGCCGGUUUUGCGGCUCGUGGCUCGCCAAGGAGAUCCGAAGGCCAAGAAGCUGGUCAACUCGCAGAUCAGCCUGCUAAUCGGCAAAGGUUUGCACGAGUUCGACUUGCUGCGUGACCCGGAAGUGAACUUGUUCCGUUCCCGGAUGCAGCAGUUCUGCGAGGAGAGGGCAGCCAGGCGGCAGCAGCUGAAUUGGAAGGCGUGGAUGGAGUACAGCUUCCCCGUGCAGCUGGAGCCCCUGGCCGACAGCCCUAUAGACCAGACCCCAACCCCGGGGAAGCUAUACAGGCUGUUUAUUUUUAUUUCAAUCAAUGUCCGAUUUGAAUCUGGAGGGGAGAGCUUCACCUUCCAGAUCUCCCUUCGGGAAUUCCCCAUGACUCUCAUCAGCUACGCUAUCAAGAAGCAAGCCACUGUCUUCCGCCACCAAAGAGUGGAAAGUCCAGAGGAAUACACCCUGCAGGUGAAUGGGAAAUGCGAAUAUAUCUAUGGGCGCUACCCCUUGUAUCAAUUCCAGUACAUCUGUGAAUGCCUGCACUGUGGUUUGCUGCCUCACCUCACCGUGGUACAUUCAUCUUCCAUCCUGGCAUUGCGGGAGGAGCAGACCAAUGGAAUCAUUCACCCCCCCAAAAUGGCCCCCAGGCCACUUCCACCCCCCAAGGAAAAGCCAACUUCUACCUCGCUGUGGUCGCUGGAGCAACCAUAUUCGAUCAACUUGGUGCGAGGCUGCAAGGUGAACGCAGAUGAGCGGAUGAAGCUGGUGGUCCAGGCGGGCCUGUAUCACGGCAACGAGAUGCUCUGCAAAAUGGUGUCCAGCUCCGAGGUCAACGUUUGCUCAGAACCACUGUGGGAUCAGAGGUUGGAAUUCGAGAUCCAUAUCUGCGACCUUCCUCGCAUGGCACGGCUCUGCCUGGCCCUCUAUGCCGUCGUCGAGAAGACCAAGAAGGCACGGUCCACCAAGAAGAAGUCCAAGAAAGCCGACUGCCCGAUUGCCUGGGUGAACGUUAUGCUGUUUGACUACCGAGACCAAUUGAAAGCUGGGGAGUGUUUCCUGCCUAUGUGGUCCUCCUUCCCAGAUGAGAAGGAUGAGCUCUUGAACCCAAUGGGCACCGUCCAGACCAACCCUAACACGGAAAGCGCCGCAGCCCUGGUCAUCCGUUUCCCCACCGUUGCCUUCUCUCCCGUGUACUAUCCGUCCCUUGACCAGAUGCUGGAGGAGGGGAGAAAAGCACUAUGUCUCCGUUACACAGUAGAGGAUCCAGAGGAGAGGCAACAGCUGAGGGAGAUUUUGGAGCGCAGGACCCACACAGAACUCUAUGAGCACGAAAAGGAUUUGGUCUGGAAAAUGAGGUACCAGAUUCGGGACCAGCACCCCAAUGCCUUGGCUAAGCUUCUGCUUGUAACCAAGUGGAAUAAACACGAAGAUGUAGCUCAGAUGAUCCACUUGCUCCAAACCUGGCCAGAGCUGCCUGUCCUCAACGCCCUGGAGCUGCUGGAUUUCAGCUUCCCUGACCGCCACGUGGGCUCCUUCACUGUCAACUCCUUGAAGAAGCUGACGGAUGAUGAAUUGUUCCAGUAUCUUCUGCAGCUGGUCCAAGUGCUGAAAUACGAGUCUUAUUUGGAGUGCGAAUUAGUCAAGUUCCUGUUGGACAGAGCCUUGUCCAAUCGUAAAAUAGGACACUUUCUCUUCUGGCAUCUCAGGUCAGAAAUGCACGUUCCUUCUGUCACCUUGAGGUUCGGGCUGAUCCUGGAGGCUUAUUGCCGAGGCAGCACCCACCACAUGAAGGCUCUGAUGAAGCAGGGCGAAGCCCUCCACAAGAUGAAGGCGUUGAAUGACAUCAUCAAGACGAGCGCCCAGAAGAAUCCCAAGCCCCAGACGAAGGAGUUCAUGUACUCCUGUCUGCGGCAAGAGACUUACCUGGAGGCCCUCUCCAACCUUCAGUCCCCCUUGGACCCCAGCAUUGUUCUAGCAAAAGUCAGUGUCGACCUUUGUACUUUCAUGGAUUCCAAGAUGAAGCCCUUGUGGAUUGUCUUUAACAAUGAAGAAAUAGGGGGCACCAACGUGGGCAUAAUUUUCAAAAACGGAGAUGAUCUUCGCCAGGACAUGUUGACCCUGCAGAUGAUUCACCUGAUGGACAUUUUGUGGAAGAUAGAGGGACUGGACUUGAGGAUGACCCCUUACGGCUGCCUCUCCACGGGAGACAAGACGGGCCUGAUUGAAGUGAUCAUGCACUCUGAUACAAUUGCAAACAUUCAGCUCAACAAGAGCAAUAUGGCUGCUACCGCUGCCUUCAAUAAGGAUGCUUUGCUGAACUGGUUAAAAUCCAAGAAUCCUGGUGAUGCGCUGGAGCAUGCCAUCGAGGAGUUCACUCUCUCUUGUGCCGGCUACUGCGUGGCCACGUACGUGCUGGGAAUUGGGGACCGCCACAGUGACAACAUUAUGAUUCGAGAGAACGGCCAGCUGUUCCAUAUUGACUUUGGUCAUUUUCUGGGCAAUUUCAAGACCAAGUUUGGCAUCAACCGCGAACGGGUCCCUUUCAUUUUGACCUAUGACUUUGUCCACGUGAUCCAGCAAGGGAAAACCAACAACAGCGAGAAAUUUGAACGCUUCCGAGGUUACUGCGAGCGAGCGUACAUGAUCCUCCGCUGCCACGGCCUUCUCUUCCUACAUCUCUUUGCACUGAUGAAAGCAGCCGGUUUGCCAGAACUCAGCUGUUCCAAAGACAUCCAGUACCUCAAAGAUUCGCUGGCUUUAGGGAAAGCAGAUGAAGAAGCCAGGAAGCAUUUCCACCUCAAGUUCAACGAGGCCCUACGGGAGAGCUGGAAGACCAAGGUCAACUGGCUGGCACACAACGUCGCCAAGGAUAACAGGCAGUAGAGCCGCUGCAGUGUGAAAAACCGGCUCAACCGCUUCCUCACUGCUCGCCCGAGGCAACCCCAAGGAGAGAGGUUAUGUGUUAGAGCUUGCUCUUCGGCUGGCAGCCAAGGUGGUCCUGCAUCUUUUGACCCCAGGCAGGGGUCAUCUUUUGACCCCAGGAAGGAAGUCAUUUUGCAAUUGAUCAUAGCCCCCCUCCCUCGAAUGCUCAAUGACUUCUUCAACUCCAAGGAAAAAGCUACCUGUGCCUCUGGUUAUGACAGUUCUGCAGUAGCUUAGAUCUAAAGGUGAGACUGCGUGUAUGUGUGUAAAUUGCAUAGUUUAGAAAGAUCACAGAUGUGCUUUAUUUUACCCUUUCGCUGGUCGAACAAAAACCUGAAACGUUAAGGACUGUGGCCUCAAAGAAGAGGAGCUGAGCUCUUCGGGAAAAGUUUGGAGGCUGUUCAGGUACUUCAGUCAGUUCUUAAAAAUGCAAUCUGGCUUUGCAAGCCAGUUCCAGUAAGGAAAACGCUGUUAAAGAAACAGAAGCCCUUCUGGUCAAAAGCAAACGUCAUGCGGGUGACUUGUGUCACUGUAGAGCAAAUCGUCUUUGUUAAACUGCAAUGAUUGGAGAGGUUCCAAUCCGUGCAUUCCGUAACUUGAGACCUUGAAAAAAUGUCCUAAUGAAGCCCAGGGUUUUCUGUUCUUCUGGACUUUACUGCUAGAAGGUGGUCUAGAAGGCCCAUUAGCAUCAAGCUACCAAGGAUCUGUUUAACUGCCAUGUGCUUCUUACACAAGAUUGCUCUAGAGCAGGGGUCUGCAAACUACGGCCCUGCAGAUGUACAUGGACUACAAUUCCCAUCAGCACUGCCACCUG